AUGGAAGAUGCUGCAACUGGUGAUGACCACAAUUUCUUUUUGAGUUUGAUAAUUCUUUCACUUGUUUAUAAUGAAAAUGUUCUCUUUAAUGUUUUAAGAAAGGAGGGGUUUGGUACUUUGAAACAGGGAACAAAUGGAAAUUAUGCAUGCCUCGUCUUUCCAGCUAUAGCUGUUUCGAGAGAUCACAAGCCUGAUCAAACUGAUGAGCGCCAAAGAAUUGAGGAUGCUGGGGGUUUUGUGACGUGGGCAGGAACAUGGCGUGUUGGUGGUGUUCUUGCUGUUUCCCGUGAAUUUGGCGAUAUAUUAUUAAAGCAGUAUGUUGUUGCUGAUCCAGAAAUUCAGGAGGAGAUCAUUGAUGGCUCGCAGGAAUUUCUCAUUCUUGCAAGUGAUGGCCUGUGGGACAUUGUUACAAAUGAGGUAUAUGCUUCAUCUCAGAUCAUUUUCGCAGAUUGGCAUUUUGUUCGUUGUUAUGGAGCACAUUGCCUUCUGUAG